AUGGCUUGGCCUAUUAUUAGCCUGCUACUGCUCACCUUCUGCUCAGGCUCUCUAUCACAGCUGUAGCUGACUCAACCUCCCUCUGUCUCUGCAUCCCCGGGGAGCACAGCCAGACUUGCCUGCACCCUGAGUGGUAGGUACAGUGGUCAUGAUGUUUAUUGGCACCAGCAGAGCCCAGGAAAGGCUCCUCGGUAUAUCCUGUAUGUUGGCAGCAGUGGAGGUGUAGGAAAGGCCGAUGGGAUCUCUGAGCGCUUCUCAGGCUCUGCCUCUGGGGCCAAUAGAGUCCUGUCCAUCAGCAACGUCCAGCCUGAGGAUGAAGCCGAUUAUUACUGUCAGUCAUAUUACUACUCUAGUGGAGGCAGUUAUUGGUAUGUCUUCGGUGAAGGGACCAAACUGACCAUCCUGGGUCAGCCCAAGGCAUCCCCCAUGGUCAUGGCCUAUGCUCCAUCCCUGGAUGAGCUGCAGACCACAAAGGCCACACUCGUGUGUCUCAUCAAUGGCUUCUACCCAGACUCCGUGGAGGUGACCUGGACCAAGAAUGGUUCCCCUGUGUCCAGUGGGGUGCACACCAGCAAGCCAGCACGCCAGAGUGACAACAAGUACUCAGCCAGCAGUUACCUCUCACUUGACGCCAACCAAUGGGGGGAAGGCAACACAUAUAUCUGCAAGGUCACCCAUGAGGGCCAGGUCAUACAGAAGGAGCUGUCCCCCAGCCAGUGCACUUAGAGGUCCUCACCCUCCAGGACCCCUCACUCCAUCCCCACAUGUGGGCAGCCCCACAUCAUCACCCCCUCUCCCUUCCUUCUAAUAAAGAUCUUUUCCUUUCUCAUU